AUGUACUCUAAACAGUUGAAAUCAGAAGAUUUUGUUAACUUGAAAGAAGCUCCCAAGGCCAAGGAUUCCCCCACGGUGGGGAAGUAUUACGGAUUCCAAGAUCCAGGCGAGGGUCCCGGAGUACCUAGGAUGCUACAAAGACGCAGUUCAACCAACUACGAAGACGCGUUGAAUCUGCGGGAAGCUGCUGCUGCUAACGGGGGGGACACGGAGAUCGCUCCAGAGGAUUUAGGAAACAAAGGGAUGGAUCUCCAGAACGCCAAGCACGAUAUCCAGCGGGAUAUUACCCAGGACAAUGAGACAUCCUGUUUCGGUAUUUGUGAGAGAGUAGAUAUGGGAGACAAAGUGCAACACGGGAGCCGCGGGGGGAAUGAGGAGACGAUGCGCCAAGAAAUUUUCACGAAGGCAGACUAUUUGGAUAAAGAUAAUGAGCGGAAUUUUUGUAUGGGAACCAAUGCAAGUCCUCCAAUGUUCAGAAGGAAAUCUUCGUUUGAAUACGAGGACUUCAAGAAAGACAUGUACGACAGAAUGAAGCUUUUCGAUGAUUAG